AUGCCCGGUGCCCCAGACGUCAACAAACCUACAGACAUCAAGACGAAGGAGGCCGAUGUCAACCGAAAGCUCCAAGUCUACGGUAUCAUUUCUGCCUUUCAGAACGGCAAGGUUCCUUCAAACGACCAAAUCGAUGUCGCCCUAAGCAGUUUCCUCGCCUCUCGCGCCCUCUCUGGUCGCCACGAGAAGCUCUCCGCUGAGGGUCAAGAGCUCGUCAAGGAUGCUGCCAACGCCAUCAAGCAAGCCAAGUACCUCCUUCUUUCCAAGAACGAGGGCAACCUGAUUCAGGAUUUCAUCUGGCAAACCACUCAGUUCGACCCCAAGAGUGUCAAUACACCCAAUGCCCCCAUCAGCAAGGACGCUGCCAAGCAGGAUGGCGAUCAAGCUCUCGAGGGUCUGAGAACCCUUGGCCAGCUUCUCAUCACCAACGGACAGUUCCGAAAGCUUCUCUCUGAUGCUACAGUCCUCUUCCGCGAUAUGGCUGGCGAUGCUGCUACCAACGCCGCUGCCCGUGUCCGCCCCUCUCAGGAGCAACUUCGACAGAUCGACGAGCCUGCUCAAGACAAUGUCUGGCAUGAGGCUCCCGACUUCUCCAAGGACAACCUGAAGCAGCAGGCUAAGGGCUUCUACAGUGGAAACCCAAAGGAGGAUGCCAAGGAUGUCGCUGCUGCUGGUGUCAACGCUGCCGCUCCCGGACAGCUCCAGCAGAACCAGCAGUCCAAUGCUCAGCAGGGCACUUACCCGCAGGCUGGCAAGAGCGCCGCUAAGCAGGCUGCUGAGGCCAAGCUCGACAACAAGAUCGACCCUGAGACCAAGGAAAACAUCUUGCAGCGCAAUGAGGAGUACCGUCGCCGUGCUCGCAACUACUUCGACAAGAAGAUGCCUCAGGAGCGCAAGGACCAGACCAUCUGGCGUCUCAAGAAGAUGAUUCUGGAGUGCCAGCAGCACGAGGACUACUCGCAGGCCAUACAGACUCUUCUGCGCCUGGCUGAAACUUACAGUCGCCACGGUCGCACCCUUGGUCAGGGUUCUACUGAUACCGCUAAGGACGCACGUGGUGGUCUUGGUGCCGCUGAGCGUGACCUCCGCACUAUCAUUGAGCGAUUCGCCAACGGUACCUCCACUGAGGACCUCUGGGAGGCCAUUGGCCAGAUCUACCGCGAUGCUGAUAACGACCGUGAGCUCAAGGACUGGUUCAAGGCUAUGGACUCGUACAUCCGCCGAUGUCUCCUUCAGCAGGGCUACAUCCUCGAGGAUGAGUCCACUCGUGAGUGGGAUCAGCUCUAUGACCAGGGCCGAUACCUCCUCCGUAACAAAUACCGCGGUCACACCGACCGUGUUGUCGAUGAGAUCAAGUUCCUUGCCGAUCAGUUCGACCAAGACCCCCAGAACCACGCUUUUGCCGAGUCUCUUCAAAAGCUGUUCAAGGACCUUGGCAACGACCAGGAUGGCAAGCCUGUCUUCAAGCCUCAUCUGCUCAAGGACUUGAGGGAUGUCAUUCUCCCCGCCGCCCUGGAGAACAUUGCCUACAUCCCCAUUCCUCGAAUUGAGUACACCGACUCCCAGGUCGAUGCUAUCAUUGAGAACCUUGUCCUUGAGAGUGACAACUUUGCCCCCAACAUCUUCGAGGUUUCCAGCGAGCACUACUUCCGAUGGGGUCGCAAGAAGAUCGCCAACAAGAACCACCAGACCGUCGAGGUUAAGGUUGCUGGCAUCCAGAUGGAUCUUCGCGACGUGAGCUUCCACAUCAAGCGCAAGCAAGGCUUCCCUUCAAUCACCGACACUGGUGUCGCUGAUAUCAUCCUCCCUGGUGAUGGCUUCUCCUUCAAGAUGAAGGUGUCUACCGCCGAUAAGAAGGAUCGCCAGAACUACUUUAAGGUUGAGAAGGUUGAUGUUGACUUCAACAAGCUCCAGAUCAAGAUCAAGAAGUCGAACCACAAGCUGCUCUUCUCCUUGUUCAAGCCUUUCAUGCUCAAGGUUAUUCGCCCUCCUCUGCAGAAGGCUGUUGAGAAGGCCAUCAAGGAUCAGUGCAACAAGUUCGACCAGUUGUUGUUCCAGGUUAAGCAGGAGGCUGACCGUGCUGCUGCUGAGGCCAAGAACAACCCUGAAAAUGCCCCCAACAUCUACAACCGCUACUACACUGCUGCCCAGCAGCAGUUCACCAAGGGCAAGAAGAAGGCCGAGGCUGCUGCUUCUGACAAGAAGGCCAACAUUGCCAUGACCAAGGAGGACAGCAUCUUCCCCAACAUCGACCUCCCUGGUGGCAUUAGCACCAAGGCUACUGAGUACAGGGAGCUUGCCCGCAAGGGCGACAAGUGGGAGAGCCCUGUCUUCUCUAUCGGCUCUGCCAAGAAGAGCACCGACAUUCCCUCUGCUCCCAAGAUCCAGCGCAAGGCUCACCCCGUCUCAGACCUUGGACCUAAGAACACUUCCAACGCUGACUACGACUUCUACCCUGCUGGUGGUCACGCCCACACUGGUAACGGUGCGUUGAACGGUAGUGGAAAUGGUCUCCAGAUGGGCAAUGGUGCUGUUAAUGGCAAGCACCCUGCUGGCUUCACCAAUGGUCAAACCGGCCUGCCCACUAGCCAGGCUCCUCUCACCACUGGCCAGAUCAACCCCGUUUAG